AUGAUAACAAUCCAAGGGGUUAGAAGCCGGUACACACGAUGCAACACCAGUCGGGACGCGAUGCCGAUGGGGAGGUGUGGAUUGGAGGCCCUAUUCGGGCGUCACUGGGAAAAAAGAAAAUAUCAUGAGAAAAUAUGCACAUAUAAUAGAGAACCAAAAGUAGGAAAGGAGAAAAAAGGGUUUUUCAGUUGUUCCAAUGUUCAAAUGAUAUCGGCUGUGAGAAUGAAGGGGGUGAAGAAUAGCCACCCCGGUGUGCACUUCUCAAGUGAUAGCAAAAACGAAUCAAAUUUGUACUUAAACAAUUAUGCCAAAAUAAAAAAAUACAUCAACAGCAUCGAUAACGAAGAAUCAGUCAUUAUGACCAUUUUGAAGGAGAAAACGUAUGACUGUAUACAGAAGACGAGAGAAAAAUUAAAAGCAAUUAUACACACGUACCCAAAUACGCCCAUCUCGAUUUGUACCCCAAAUAAUGUUAUUGGGGGACUGAGGAACACCAUUACGUUAAUCACCGAUACGUCUAUUUUGGAAAAAAGGAAAGGAAUUUUAUUUAGAGGGAGAACUGUAGAUAAAAUUUUAAAAGACUUUCCAAAAUGGGAUGAAAACUGUGAAUACCCCAUGGCAGAAGCUAUGCUUUGGUAUUUAUUAACCAAAGAAAUACCAGCAGCUGAUGACUUGAAGCUUUUCUCAAGGGAGUUAUAUUGUAGGGCUAAAAAAAUGCCAUCAUUCGUCUUCGAAUUUAUAGAUAGCAUUCCUACAUUUACACAUCCAAUGAGUCAGCUCGUGUCUACCGUUUCGUUCCUCGAAUCUUUGUCCUUAUUUAAGAUAAAAUAUUCUGAGGGAAUAUUAAAAAAGGAUUACUGGAAAUACAUUUUGGAAGACGCUGUUUCUUUAAUUGCCCAAAUUCAAGUUGUCUGUGCAUAUAUUUUUAAAAGGUCUUUUAUAGAUAAUAAUAUAAAAAAGGGGGAAGGGAUGAACCUAGAUAUUGAUUUUGACUGGUCAGCUAAUUUUGCAAAAUUGAUUGGCUUCGAAAAUGACGAAGUAAAAGAUUUGUUAAGACUAUACUUUCUUCUACAUAGUGAUCACGAGGGGGGAAAUGCAAGUGCCCAUGUAUCUCAUUUGAUUGGAAGUACCUUGGGAAAUCCCUACUUAUCUUUUUCUGGAUGUGCUAUUGCCUUAUCAGGACCUUUGCACGGAUUAGCCAAUCAAGAAUGUUUGAAAUUCCUGUUGGAUAUAAAAAAAAACUGGAUGGUAAAGAACUAA